AUGGGUGGUAAAAAAUUUGGUACCAAUUCAAAAGCAGAAGAAGCUCGUUCAAAGAAAGCAGAAGUUAAAAAGAAUGAAAAUGAAAAGAAACAAAGAGAUAAAGAGGAUAAAAUGUGGGAAGAAACAGAUACAAAAAUUUUAGAUAAACAAAAAAAACAAAAAGAAAAAGAGGAAAAAGCAAGAGAAGAUGCAAAAAAGAAACAAGAAGCAAAAGAAUUAUUACAACAAGAAGAUAAAGAAAUUAAAGAAAGAUAUGGUAAACCAUCAGAUACUAAAGUAACUCGUUUUGAAAUUCAACAAAAGAGAGAUAAAGAACAAAAACAAAGAGAAAAAGAACUUGCUUCAAGACCAUCCGAUCCAAGAGUUGUUGUAGUUCCAACAACAACAACAACAACAACAACUACAACUACAACUACCACUGGAUCUGAUGAUCAUGAAGAAGAAGAUUUUAACCUUGAAGAGAAUAUGAAUCAUAUUUUACGUGAACAAAGAUUGAAAGAUGGUAAAGAUGUUAUUGAUGCUAGAGAUAUUAAUGAAGCAAUUGGUGCUUUAUCAGGUAAUGAUGGAAAAGAACAACACCCAGAACGUAGAAUGAAAGCUGCUUUCAAUGCAUAUGAAGAAGAGAAUUUACCAGUACUUAGAAAAGAAAAUCCAUCACUUCGUUUAACUCAAGUUAAACAAUUGCUUUGGAAAAAUUGGUUAAAAGCACCAGAGAAUCCUUUCAAUCAAGUUGGUUCUCAAUAA